AGCCGGAUACGUAGAGCAUCUGCCACUGCUGCCGGGAUCAGCACAGAGACGCAGAGAGAACCGUGAAGACAUGGAGGUGGCCAGCAAAAAACCCUCUCUCCCUUUCUUGCUCAUGACGCUGAUUACCCUCUCUGCAGAUAUCCUGGUUGCCCAAGCGCCGACUCCCCGCCGCCAGGUGAAUGGGACUCUGGGGGGAUCGGUCUUGCUGUCCGUGGUCCCGUCCCCUGGGAGAAAGGUGAGGACAGUCGAAUGGAGCUUUGGUGCUGGGACGGGUGAUACGAUUCAGCUGGCUGAGUUCACCAGGGCGGGAUUCGAGCGGCCCAAUCCCAAAGAUCGAUUUCAGCAGCGGCUAGAAAUGCACAACGCGACCUCGCUGAAGAUCAAGGCUCUGCAGCUGGGCGACAGCGGCGUUUAUGAGGCCCGGAUUAAGACAACACUCGCCACUGUGGAGGAUCAGGCCUUUCUCCUCACGGUCUAUGAGCCAGUGGCGACCCCCCAGAUCCAGAGUCAGCUGCUGGCCAGCACGCCGGAGGGGUGCAACGUCACGCUGCAGUGCCGGGGCUCGGGGAAGGGAAACGUGAGCAUCUUUUGGGGCAAAGGGAACCCGGCUCAACAGCUGGAUCCGGGCCGGUACCAGCUCUCCCCAGAUGGCAGGACGCUCCAGCUGUCGCUGCAGCCCAGCUCCCUGAAUACGACCUACACCUGCACCGUCAGCAACCCUGUGGAUCAGAAGAUCAUCUCCUUUGACCUGCAGAGCAUCUGCCUCAGUGGAGGCGCCGACGCGUCCUUCUCGAAGCCAGGGUACAUUGUGCUGACUUUCUUCCUGUUAGUGCUAACCCUCGGGACUGCCGUCUGGUGCUGGCGGAUGAACAACAAGAAGUCGGCUGAUCCAGCCGCCACCCCCACCGGCCCAAUGGAAGAAAGUCUGGCGGAGCCCCAGUAUGCUGAUAUCUUGAGGAGUCCCCCAGAAGGUAAUGACCAGGCCCUGCGUCACCUGGAAAAUAACAUGGAGCGGAGCCCGCAGAAAGAGCAUCUAAUCACCACUGUCUAUGACCAGAUCCGCAGGACCCCGGAGAAUACGUCCGAGGAGGUGACCUAGGCACCAGGAGCCAGAGGAGGUGGAGUAUCAGAGCUUACCAAGGGCUUUGACGUGCACCACGUGCCCCCGUCGCCUCUCUAGCUGAAUGGUCUCCGGUCCACCCACGAACCCGAAUGGGAGAAGACCCGUUCUCCAGCUCUGUAGCCUGCCUUGUGACACUCCCCUCCCCUCCCCACCCCCGGAUCCUCGUGUGUGAAGCCCUCCCAGGCUGCCCGGGGCAGGAGGAACCCGGCGGAAGGCGGAGGAUCGGACUCUGGGAGGAGCAGGACCUGCAGCCGGGACGCUGCCACCCGUGCAAGACGGGCCGCUGAGUCUCCGGCGACGUCGCUAGCUGUUUUGCCGGGGGUUGGGGGAACAGUGCUGAGUGCGGCCCGGCUUGCCCUGCCUGCGAGGGGACGACCGACGGAGCCCGUGUGGCCGGCGAGGGGGGACGCGGCCCUCCAGCCCCCUCGCCGACUGCAGAGCCAGAGGGCGGAGAGGGGGAAUGCAGCAGGGC